AUGACCAUCUUCAUCACAGGUUCCAGCGGCAAGACAGCUUCACACCUGGCUAACCUCCUCACUCCCACCCAUGCCAUUCUUAUCGCUUCUCGUCGCCCGAGUCCAGAUGCCAAAUACCCUACGGUUCGCUUCGACUGGCUGGAUGAAACGACAUGGGGAUUGCCGUUUGCCCACAUGCAAGCCCGAAUUUCACCCAUCACCGCAACUUACCUCGUCUCACCCGAUCUUCAGGAUGCGCGAGAACAGGUCAUGCCCUUUGUGAGGUUCGCAUAUCUCAAAGGCGUGAAGCGGUUUGUUCUGCUCUCGGCGUGGGAGGUCGGAGAAGGUGAUGCUUGUGUGAUGGGGCCGACGCAUGCUGCUUUGAGGGGCAUGGCUGCAAGGGAGGGGAUCGAGUGGGCCGUUCUGAGGCCGCAUUUCUUUAUGGGUAGGACUUUGAUUCGGUGCUGUAGUGCAACGCUAAUUCUGGUGCUGGUGCAGAGAACUUUGCCGAGCCAUAUCAUUCGCCCUGUAUUAGGGAUGAAGGCAAGAUAUACACGGCGGCUGGAAAAGGGACGGUGCCUUUUAUCUCGGCCAGGGACAUUGCUUCUGUGGCGCAUCGCAUGCUUGUAGAUGAGCAAUCGCAUAAUACUGACUAUGUCAUUACUGGCGGGGACUCCCUGAGCUACGCACAGGUCAGUGGAUCCACCAUCCGAUGAAAUGGUUAAUGAUCUUGCUGAUUACCCUCCAGGUUGCGGACAUCUUCUCACAAACGCUUGGUCGCAAGAUAAAGCACGUUGAACUAAGCAAACAAGAACUGAAACAUAAGCUGUUAGAAUACGAAUGUCCAGAGCCCCAGGCGGAGUACCUGGCCGAGUUGGAUGUUCGAGUUGGGAACGGCGAAGGGGCCGAGCCGACGGAGACCGUGACGAAGUUGCUUGGAAGAGAGCCGUAUACGCUGCAGCAGGUCGUAUCUGACUUGAGACAGGAGUGGCUCCAGUUGCAGUAA